CGCAGGUCGCAUGGGGGAGUCUAUCCCGCUGGCCGCUCCGGUCCCGGUGGAACAAGCGGUCCUGGAGACGUUCUUCUCUCACCUGGGUAUCUUCUCUUACGACAAGGCCAAGGACAAUGUGGAGAAGGAACGAGAAGCCAACAAGAGCGCGGGGGGCAGCUGGCUGUCGCUGCUGGCGGCCUUGGCCCACCUGGCCGCGGCCGAGAAGGUCUAUCACAGCCUCACCUACCUGGGGCAGAAACUAGGAGGCCAGUCUUUCUUCAGCAGGAAGGAUUCCAUCCGUACCAUCUAUACCUCCCUGCAUAAUGAACUGAAGAAGGUGGUGACUGGCCGCAGUGCCCUGGGCGGGACUGCCCCUCAUGUAGAAGAACUCCUUUCCCACCUGUCAGAACAGCUCUGCUUCUUUGUUCAGGCUCGGAUGGAGAUUGCAGACUUCUAUGAGAAGAUGUACACCCUCAGCACACAGAAGUUCAUCAGUACUGAAGAGCUUGUUGGCCUUUUGAACACCAUCCUCAGGAAAUACAGCUCCAGAUUUCACCACCCAAUACUCAGCCCCUUGGAGAGCAGUUUCCAGCUGGAGGUCGAUGUGCUGAGUCAUCUCCUGAAGGCCCAGGCUCAAGUCUCAGAGUGGAAGUUCCUCCCAUCUCUGGUUAACUUACACAGUGCUCAUACCAAACUGCAGACCUGGGGCCAGAUCUUUGAGAAGCAACGGGAGACCAAGAAACAUCUGUUUGGAGGGCAAUCUCAGAAGACCGUUCAGCCCCCACACCUUUUCCUUUGGCUGAUAAAACUCAAAAACAUGCUCCUUGCCAAGUUUAGCUUUUAUUUUCAUGAGGCACUGAGCCGACAAACGACUGCUUCAGAAAUGAAAACGUUGACUGCAAAAGCUAACCCAGACCUUUUUGGAAAGAUUUCCAGCUUCAUCAGGAAAUAUGAUGCUGCCAAUGUGUCCUUAAUUUUUGACAACCGAGGUUCGGAGAGUUUUCAGGGCCAUGGCUAUCACCACCCCCAUUCCUACAGAGAGGCCCCCAAGGGUGUGGACCAGUACCCAGCAGUGGUGUCUCUGCCCAGUGACAGACCUGUCAUGCACUGGCCCAAUGUCAUCAUGAUCAUGACAGACCGAAUGUCUGACCUGAACAGCUUGGAGAAAGUGGUCCACUUCUAUGAUGACAAAGUCCAGAGCACCUACUUUCUGACCCGCCCAGAACCUCACUUUACCAUUGUUGUCAUUUUUGAGUCAAAGAAAUCUGAGAGAGACUCCCACUUUAUUUCCUUCCUCAAUGAGCUUUCACUUGCCCUUAAGAACCCCAAAGUUUUUGCAAGUUUGAAACCUGGGUCCAAAGGUUAGCAUAAUAUUUGUAUAGAAGGGUUUUAAGACUGUAACUGCAUUCUUAAUUGCUCUAAUGAUCCAUAGUGGUCUGUGAUUAGAGCUUAUAUUCAUUCUUGCUUCUUUCAAAGCUGAAUUUAAGACAAAUUCUCCCUAAUUGUCUUGCACACUUUAUAAGCAGUUAAGGCCAAUGGAAUUAGGUAUCCAAAGAGUAAUUCAGGAAGUAGAUCAUGGCUACUCUGUCUUUCCAUGGUGUAGCAGGAUACUUUCAGUAUUUUCCAGUGUUUCAUGAAAGAUGAAAUAUUUAUUGGCCUUUGAUCUUAUUUCCAGAUGUUUUAUAUUGUUGUAAACAUUGCGUUCUAUUGCAAUUCUAAGCAUCCACUCCCUUCCCCUUCUUCCUAGAAGAGUAAUUGGGAUAAGAUAUUAAAUGGCCUUUUUAGAAUUAA